GCGAGGAACAAGAACGCCUGGCCGGCUCGCACGCGGUGCAGGAGCUGUUGGAGAUCAUGAGGUGCUGGGGUGUGAUCAUCGGAACUACAUAGAUCACCAGACCAUCAGGUCCACAAAAACGCAAGAUGCUAUUAGAGCGACGAGCAGGAUUGCUACGUGUACAACUAAACAGCAGCAUCGGGGGAUCAGACCGGGACUUCGAGAGCGCGUUUUUGUUCCGAGUCAAAGAAGUAAACGUGAGCCGAAGCUCGCAUCCCCAGGAGUGGCACCAUCGCCACUGCUCGAAGACCGACCGCCCUGGGUGCCCAAUUUCCAGAAAGGGGUUCAGACUGGCGUCGGCCUAAUACCACCGAACAUGUACGCUUGCAGCGGUGUAGGUGUUCCGUCUGGGGAAACGAGAGUUGUGUCCAAACCCAAGUCGAAACGCACAGGAGAUGAAGAAGCUAUUAAUUCCCUGAGGGCAACAACAAGGUGUCCAACAGAGGCAGCGGGAUCACGACAGGGCAGUACUAGCACACGGCAGGCCGCGCGAAGUGGCCCAGCAGAAGUUUGUCCGGAAAAACUACUAGAUUCUGAACUUCCAACCACGUCGGAAUCGAAAAAAAUAAGAACGAAAACGGAUGCAGUUCAAAAGAUUCUGAGUGGUCGUCCGAAGAGGAGAACGAUGCGGCACAGGAUUGAUGAGAUCGCACAGGCAAAAGCGACUAGAAGACAGCUUGACUACUUCAAGAUGCUGGAUGAGAGGUGGAAGCAGAGUUUUGAUGUUUCUCCAACUUUUGCUGGUUCUGCGAAAAGAAGGGCGCCGUGCAGCACAGCCCCUGUUCCACGAGCAUAUGUGACAUCAGCUAGGCGGACUCUAUCUCUUGACCGCCAAGAACAUGACGAGGACAACAAGGAUUUACUUGCACACGACAAGGAUGAAAAUCAUGAUGAUGUGGCAGGACAGGUUGCGACUGCGCCGGCGAACGUCAAAAAUCUGGAACCGGCCAGCGGCGACGGCGCCUUACUGCACGAGUUUCCAUCGUCUUCUACAGCGCAAAAACGUCGCGACACACAUGAAACGAGCUACCUCGAAGCCCCAUCCACUGUUCUCAACAUAGACAACCACUACCUACUUUCUCCUGCUUGGGUAGAUAGGAGCAUGAUCGAAGAU